AUGGGCGGCGGCCUUUCUGCAUAUGCAACGAGCGCCGGCCUGGGGAGCGCGUCCCGGGCGGUUCGGCUCAACAGACGCUGGUGUGCCGGCGCCGGGAGCGGCGCUGCAGUGGUCGCCGCGGCCGGGCCGGGACGAGGCGGCGACGGCGGACGGGGCAGCGGACGGCCGCCCCCUCGCAUUGCGGCCGCGGCGGCUGCGCCAGGGUCUCCAGGAGGCGGCGCGGGACGUGACUGCUCUGGGGCGCAGCCAGGCCUGCGCGGGCCCGAGGCCGCAGGGACCGGAGCCCGGCGUCGCGGUGAGUGCGGCGCCCGUUGUGGGAGCGGCGGGGCCGGUGGGCGGUGCGGCCUCGGCGUGCGGUCGGGCUGCGCCCGAGGGCGGCCCCCGCGCGGAGGAGGAGCGCGGCCGGCCUGGGGUCCCCGGGGCCCCGACGUGGCCGCCGAGCCCGGCUCUGGGGGGGGGGGUGCGCGCAGGCGGCCGCCGGGUCCCGAGCCGGCCCGCGGCGUGGGGACCAGCUGCGUGGGGACCCGCUGCGGGGCAGAGUGGGAGGCACCUCGGUGGGAUCCGGGCGGCGGGUGA